AUGAAGUUCGGUCGCAAUCUUCCCCGAAACGUUGUCCCAGAGUGGAGCUCCUCAUACAUCAAUUACAAAGCUUUGAAAAAGCUCAUCAAAUCUGCUUCCAAUGCCCAGGAAGCAAAGGAUGAUGUCGACCUCGUUGGCUUCUUCUACUCGCUCGAUCGAAAUCUCGAGGACGUAGACCACUUUUAUAAUAAAAAGCUGGCCGACUUUACGCGACGUCUCAAAAUCUUGGAAGAUCGGUUUGGAAACUCGCUGGCUGCUGGACAAGCUCUGGAUGCAGAUGACAUUGGAGACCUUGUCACUGCUCUUCUGGAGCUUCGGGGACAGCUUCGUAAGCUGCAAUGGUACGGUGAGGUCAAUCGCCGUGGCUUCAUAAAGAUCACCAAGAAGCUCGACAAGAAGAUCCCAGGAGCUCAAGCACAGAAGCGAUACCUCGCGGCAAAGGUGGAUCCUGCACCGUUCGCAUCUAAUGCUCAACUCACCCAAGCAACUACCAAGAUUAAUGAGUGGCUUUCCAUCCUUGGAGACCGAAAGGUUUCAGACGAUACCGAUUCCGUCAAGUCUUUGACUUUAUCAAAAGUUCCCUCUAGGCCAACCUUGAACUUGCCCCCCACUUUGCUCUCAGCCGUCGACGCAGCGCUGCGAAAGGACGAUACCUCGGCUUUGUCAGAGCAACUCGAAAGCUUGAAAGCCUUUGCCAACGAGCAAGGGGAACUUGUAUAUCCCAUGUUUCAGAAGAAUCUUUUGCAACGCGCAAUUGCUUGUCGGGCCAGAUCCUCCAUCGACCUCUUGCUAGGAGACAUUGAUUCACUAGAAGAGGAGGAUGACAUCAACAAGCGAAACUGUAUUCACCGACUUGUGAUAUCUAUUGGCAGGGCUCAAAGCACUUCAGAUAUCGAUCCGUCUGGAACCGUGUCAUUGGAUUACCCAGAGGAAAGCACCUAUAUUACCCCUGCUGCCGCACCAAGCUUGCAGCCUCCGCGAAACGUCGUAAAGGAAGCUCAUCAAAAGCAGCUGUUGACUAGAGAUGAUGAAGCAGUCUCCCUCUUACAAUAUUUAUUGGAUCAUCUCCGCCCGCAUCAACAACGUGGACUACUGGCUCGGGAUCUUUCUGGCAGAACUCCUCUCCAUUAUGGUGCCCAGUACGGAUUCAGAGUUGUUUGUGAAAUUAUUAUUGAACAUCUCAAGCAAUGGAAUAUGUUCGAUGUAUCUGAGGGUAUAGACGGCCCUAACUGGCAAGAUUCGGAAGGCUGGGCCCCUUUACAUCUCAGUGUUGUUGGUGGACAUCCAUUGACAACCAAAGCUCUUUUACAAGCGGAAGAGGAAUCUAAGGGUGCAUCCCAGGAGGGAAAGAGAAACGCUAUCAGAAAACACAUUUCUAAAUCCAGUGCCGUCUUGGCUAUGGCGGUUAAGGCAAACUUUGUUGAUAUUGUUCAGUUGCUGGUUGAAGCAGGAGUCGACAUUAAUUAUCAAGACGAGCAGGGCGAAACAGCCCUACAUGUUGCCGCUCGGUUCAAUCAUAGUCAAUGUGCAAAGCUGCUUUUAGAUGGAACUGCAGACCAGAAAGCCAAUACGGAAUUGGCGGAAACCACUUACUCAUGGACACCACUGUUCGUUGCAUGUGUGGAUGGUGCUUUGGCUGUUACGGAGCUGCUUAUCAAGGCAGGAGCUGAUCUGGAAAGGCCAGACUCGUCAGGGUGGACUGCAAAGGAACACGCAGCUCUUCGAGGCCAUUUGGAGAUUGCCAAACGCUUGGCUGAAGUUACCAAGCCUCCUUCGCUUGAAGAGACUGAUGGUUCCAUAACAGUACCAGCGCCCACAUCAUCACCUCCUCUAGGAUCGUUGGCCGAUCGCAGAUCCAACAUCAAUACUACUUCUUCUCCAAAUUAUAGUUCUCGAUCUGUGGAACCUCUCAAGACUUUCGGACACAGGUAUCUCACCGACGAAAGCAUGAUUCUAGUUAGUUUGGGAACCAUGGAUAUGCGAAAGACAUCUCCUCCGGUGAGCCUGGACCGUAUACCUAUUACUAGUGCACAUACCACUCAACUCGACACUGCACUGUCUGUCGUGGUAUCUGCUAGCGGCGCCCAUGGUGAACCAGAGAUUAUCGAUCUUCCAGUUCAAGACAGCAUCGUCACCGAGCCAAUAACUUUCUAUUCUAAAGAUUUCACCAGCGUCAGGCUCCUGUUUGAUUUGGUCCCUACUUAUGCAGGCUCCACCAACCGGAUUGUGGGACGAGGUGUAGCAUUACUCUCAAGCAUCAGGCCAUCAGUCGGCUCCAACCGUAUUAGUCUGCAAGGCGAUAUAACGGUGCCCAUAAUAGCCGCCAACACUCUUGAAGUGAUUGGAACUUUGACAUUCAACUUUCUCGUCGUCACUCCGUUCAGCCAUCCCAAGAUGUCUCUCAAUCAUGACCAGACAUACUGGAAAACAGUCACCGCACCCAUGGUGAUCGGUCACCGAGGUCUUGGUAAGAACUUUGCAAGCCGAAGGUCUCUUCAACUGGGAGAGAAUACUGUUCAGUCAUUUAUCGCUGCUGCAAAUUUGGGUGCAUCAUAUGUCGAGUUUGACGUCCAACUCACCAAAGAUCACGUCCCCGUCAUUUACCAUGACUUUUUAGUCAGUGAGACAGGCAUCGACGCCCCCGUUCACACUCUUACCCUAGACCAAUUCCUUCAUCUUAACGAUGCACAAUCACCACGAAUGGAAGCCGUCGGCGCAGAUGCAUCACAACGCCCGCGUGCAAUGUCCGUUGGCGAGGCACUUAUUGAUCCCGCGGCCCUGAGUGAAAAAAUGAAACAUACGCGUGACUUCAAGGCGAAAGGUUUCAAGGGCAAUACUCGAGGUAAUCAUAUUCAAGCGCCGUUUGCUACUCUGGAGGAGCUAUUCAGGAAACUCCCCAAGUCUGUGGGAUUCAAUAUUGAGAUGAAAUAUCCCUCACUCUACGAAAGUGAAGCAGAGGAAAUGGACACCUAUGCAGUCGAAGCCAACUCGUUUGUCGACACUGUCCUGGAAAAAGUCUAUGAAUUGGGCGAAGGCCGAAAUAUGAUUUUCUCCAGCUUCAACCCUGAUAUCUGCCUGCUUUUGUCUUUCAAGCAGCCUUCAAUCCCAGUCCUCUUCUUGACCGAUGCUGGUAGUAGUGAGGUUGGAGAUAUUCGCGCAAGCAGUCUCCAAGAAGCCAUCCGUUUCGCAUCUCGCUGGAAUUUGUUGGGUAUCGUCUCUACCGCGGAGCCAUUUGUCCUCUGCCCACGACUUGUACGUGUCGUCAAAGAAUCAGGACUCGUUUGUGUUUCAUACGGAACAGAGAACAAUGACCCCGAAAAUGCCAAGCUCCAAGUGACAAACGGCAUUGAUGCAGUUAUCGUCGAUUCCGUCCUUGCCAUUAGAAAAGGAUUGACAACAGCUCCCCCAUCGAGUUCAGCCUCGCCCUUGAGUUUUGCGCAAGCAUCGUCCACCCAGACACUGCAACCACCUGCUGAUAUUAGCACGCUUGAUAAACCAAGCCAUAUAGAUCUAUGA